GAAAAUCUAAUGAUAGUACGUAUCUGGAUGAUACAAGCAAACCUGAAGAAAUUGCGCUUAGAAUCUCGAAUUUGGACAUGAAAACUUCUCCGGUUAUGCGUCCAGAACUGGAUGAAACUUUAAGAAAGCUUAAAGACUCACCGGAAAAAGAAAAUGUUGGCAAAUCUAACGACAAUACGUAUCUAGAUGAUACAAGUAAAUUAGACAAAAUUAUGCUUAGAAUCUCGAAUUUGAACAUGAAAUUGUCCACUUGUUCGAAUGACGAUUCUGAAAAGUUAUUGAAAGCAAUACAAACUAUAAUACAAACUCUAUUUAAGCUUGUGGAUGAUUUAUUUUUGGAAUACUUCUUGAACGCAGGAAUAUGGAUAUUACCUCGAUCACGUGAUGCGA